UGGGCUCCCCAUCCACAGCCUCCCCAGGAACAGACUUCUCCUGCCUCCUCUGCAUCCGGUCAAAUUCCUGCCGAGAUGUCCUGCCAGCAGAACCAGCAGCAGUGCCAGCCCCCUCCCAAGUGCACCCCCAAGUGCCCCUCCCCGAAGUGCCCCCCAAAGAGCCCAGCACAGUGUUUGCCCCCAGCCCCCUCUGGCUGUGCUCUGAGCUCUGGGGGCGGCUGUGGCCCCAGCUCCUCUGAGGGUGGCUGCUGCCUGAGCCACCUCAGGCACCACCGCAGGUCCCACCGAUGCAGGCGCCAGAGCUCCGACUCCUGUGACACUGGCAGUGGUCAGCAUUCUGGGGGCUCGGGCUGUGGCCACAGCUCUGGGGGCUGCUGCUGACCUGGAUCUGCUGCUGAGACAAGUAAUUUGAGAAAAGACAAGAAGCCAGAGGAAAAGCCCCAGCCAGACUCAGCCUCUCCCAGACACCCCAUGCUCGUCUGUCUACCCAGCUUGAGCUGGGAUGUUCCCAGGGAGGG